CGUCCACACUAGCGACAAAAACGCGCGCGACACGCCGCGCGCGGCAAGCGGUGCUGUCGCGCGCGGCAAGAUUCACGAAAAGCGGCAGCAACGCGCGGCAAACGCGCGAAUGGGUGCGAGACCCAUUUUUUCGCGGCAGCCGCGAAACGAGCACCAAUCAGAAGCGCGCCGCGCUGUUGUGGCGCCAUCUGUCGCACAAGCGUAGAAUCAUAAUGUAUGGGCUCUGAGAUCGAACAGUGACAAACACGCCGUAAAAUCUCAGAGGCCAUUUCCAGUCAAGGGGGCUGUUUUUGUUAAGCCUUCCCACACCGCCAUCGAGACGUCGACGAAGAAGUCGCCUGGCAAUGGAGGCUUUUUUGGAAACAGUUCGGGGAUAUCCGUGCCUGUAUGACAAGUCGAACGGCGAUUUUAAAGACAAGGAUCUGCGCGCCAACCGCUGGCACAUUAUUGGACAGCAGUUUGGCAUGACAGGCGAGCAGGCAGCGGGGAAAUUUAAAAACUUCCGCGACCGCUGGCUCAAAAUAGCCCUUGAAAAAAAGAAGGCCUGCAAGAGUGGUGCUCCCGGCAAGGACGGGAAAGUGAAGACCGAGUGGACGUACUUUGAUAUUGUCGACAGCAUCCUGCGGAGCACACCGUACUACGCGGAAAAGUAAGGUGCACUUGUGAAGUGUCGUUCACCUCUGUUC